CAGCUACACUACGUUAUACUAUGUGCACUUGAAAUGAAAGAGAUGCACAAUUAGAGAUUAGGAGAAAGAGAAGGAGAAAAAAUGGAGAGUAGAAAAAGUUCAGCUGCAGAUUGGCAGCUGUGAGCCAAACAUGAGGAGGCUCGCGGUCCUCGCGGUGGAGGGAGGCGCGUAGCUGCGUGGGACGUGCUAGAGAACACGUGUAACACGUUCAUCAGGGACAUUGCUUCAGUGCGAAUUUCAAGUAUUGGUCUAGUGUUUAAUUGCAAAGUUCUCUCUUUUUCUUGAACCACUUGAACGGACGAACGAUCAAGACGUCGGAAUAUCGAGUCGUUUUGGUAGUAUUUUUGGUUAAUUGUCAAUCGAGUGAGAACGCAUUGUUGCGGAGUAAAAACACUGAAUAAGCCUGGAGAGUGAAAAGAAGAAGAGAAUUGUGCCGCGUGUUUGGAUAUUUCCGUGGGGGACGAGAGUACGAACGGACUUUGUUGACAAAAGAUCGUCGACUGAAUAUGGCUUCAAACAAUUCAGUCGGUUCGGACAACGCCCUUGACGGCCUUGACGCGAGCGUUCGAGUGAAGAUAGAACCCGGCGCGUUCGUGUCGGAACCGUCUACGUCGUCGGAGCCAUUCAUGGAGAGAGUGACGAGCAUCAAGGUGGAGCCAGGCUUACCCACCACCACGCAGAGGCUGACAUCCUUCCGGAUACCACGAGACCUGACACUAGGUGGAAACAUCAAGAUUGAAAAGCCGAAGAAGGUGUACACGCCAAACCUCAAUGUGCAGAGGAACAAGAAGAAGGACGAGCCGGUAAUUGCGGUCAAGACUGAUCCGGCGAGAUCGAAAAACAAUCGUGGAAGGGAACGAGGGAGGGGAGACAGAGGACGUGGAAGAGGAAGCAAAGGGAAUAUAAUAGAAUCUGUCGGCGUGUGGUCGGAAGGAAUAUACACAUCACCUGCUGCUCGUCGAAGGCAUGAUGGUCCCAGGACUUCCAGUGACACAAUAAAAACUACGAAAUCUUUUCUGGAGAAACCAAAGCUAGAUACAAAUAAGAUUACUGAUAAUACAGAAAGGGAGAAGAGAUUAAAGCACCUGUUAACAAAUGAUUUCGUCGACGAUUGCUUCGAUGCUGAUAACAAAAUGUAUCCUCUUACACUGCCACGAGUUAAAAAGGAAACAAACGAUACGAUUGACGAUGACGACACCCAUACGAAACCAGUAAUUGCAAUAAAUGGUGAAGUCGAAAAUAUAAAAAAGGAAAGGAAACAAGACAAAAAGAAAGAAACCAUCAUUUCUCAGAUAGUUGAAAACUCAGCUAAUUCCUAUACGUUAAUACAGUUUCCAGAAUCUUUACCUGGUCUGGUAUCCAGUAGAGACGAAGCACUAUCGAAACCAAGCGAUACAAAAACGCAUUACGAAAGUGGCAGUGAAGCAAAACUUGAGCCUUACAAUUUAGACAAUUUAAGAAGUGGUCUCUUAGGCAAACUCGAGAUUUUCAAGUCUGGUAGAGCGAGAUUACGUCUCGGCGAGAUGAGCUUUUUUGUCGACAUUGGAUCGCAGCAACAUUUUCAACAGGACCUUUUAGCCGUAAAAGUAGACACUACAUCACAAACCGGUGAUCUUAUCAAUCUUGGCCCGGUAAACAAUAAAAUAAUUUGUUCACCAGACUUUGAAUCUAUGUUGGAUCGUUCGUAAGACUGGAAAUAUGUAUUCAUAUAUAUAUAUUGUUUUUAAUGUUUGUAUAAAAGGAUGUUGAGUUGCAGGAAAUGUAUGAGCAAUACAUAACGCUAUUUGUAUAAUUCUUAAUACUUCUAUAUUUUUUUUAAUACUAGCGAAUUACGUAAUUUUAUUAAAUAAAUUAUAUUGCGUAUCUGCAAAUUCGGUAUGGCGAUUCUGAUGUCUAGGAGAAAUUAGGAGUCACUGUAAAAUAGAAACGAUCAUGUCAUUCGGGAACACAUAGUUUUUGCAAAAAGGGUUUUCGAUUGCUCUUCGACUUGUACAACUUGCUGUAACAUUAUCAUUCAAAUAUACUAUUUAUUAUUUUCUA